AUGAGCACGCCAGGAACAAGUAGGCAGUCAGGUAAGUUUACGGUCUUAGACUAUUAGUUUUCAGAACGAAUUGCUACCUUGCAACCGAGGACCUUUGUAGAUUCGAAGGUCAAGCUGAGAAUCCUGCAAAAAAGACUUGCCAUCUUAGAAAAGGUAAUAUCCGUAGAUCCAAACAUAUUGAAAUGUUUAGGAUAACAUGCAAGAUGACCCGCAUGCCAAUCUUUCAUGGCACAAGGCCGUUCCAAAGUUCGAUGAAACUUUCAAAUCAGGAAAGGGAACAAAAAAGAAAGGUUUUAUCUCCGAUCAACCCAAAUUGGAUAUAGGCAGUAAGUCAAGGAAGUUAAACUGAUUACGUUGUUGCAGCAAAGAAAGGAAAGAAGUUGAGGUCCGAGCUUAGCAAAACAAGGUUUAGAAAGGACUUUGCCCAUUUGAAGGAAGAUUUUGACGUAGGUUUACUCUUUUCUAUUUUUACUUCAUUUUUAGAAGGUAAAACACGACCUGGGUGAACGCCGGACAUACGAUGAGAUCGUAUCAGCUCCAAGUGUGAUACCAGCAAGGAAGUUUUGUUCUGUUUGCGGUCUGUUUUCGUCGUACACAUGUUUUAAAUGCGGAUCGUACUUCUGUUCAAUGGUUUGCAACGACUCUCACGCAGAAACCAGGUAAUAAACACGUUAUCCUUUUUGAUAAAACUUCAACUUUUCAGGUGCUUGAAGUGGACGAGUUGA